AGGAAGUAUUGUUCUUCAUGUUGGUCGCAUAACUGUCAACUGGAGUGGAUACAGACCACUCGACCUUGUUCAGGAUAUAGUUUUCUUAGAUUUUCUUUCUUUAGCCACUCGAAUGAUUAGUUAGUGACGAAAGAAAUUUCUCCGCAUCCUAUUAAGAACUCCACCCUCGCAAAAUUCAUAAGGCGAGCCCCGGCUUCAAAAACGAGUUGACUUGUACACAGUAAGCAUACCUUGCUACUGUUAUUACAAGCAGACAUGGCUGCUGCUCCUACAGCGGUACCAAAACUGGUACCAGAAUCUAGUCCCCCAAUUGCCUUUGACUUUUCUCAGCCUCCAGUCAUCGAAGGUUUUACACCUUUGUCGCGACCUAAAGACGAAACGUUCAAAGAGAAGUUUAUCAGAAAAACUAAGGAUAACCCCUUCGUUCCUAUAGGUUGUUUGGGAACUGCAGGAGCUCUAAUGUAUGGCCUGAGAGCCUUCAAACAAGGCAAGACACGCCAGUCCCAAAUGCUGAUGAGGGGCCGUAUCUUUGCACAAGGCUUCACCGUGGUCGCCAUCAUAUUUGGUGUCUUCACAACAGCUCUGAAACCCAAACCGUGAGGAUGAAGAACAUGCCUAAUAAUGUCCAGCUUGCAUCAGCUCUGUAAAAUGUUGAGCCAACUUUUUGGAAGGCACUAUGGUGGACACAAUGUGUUGUUUCAAAUACUAAAUAGCCUAGAUCUUUAAAAGGCCCCUCUGGACUCCCUAAAACUGCUUUGGCUUGGACCAAUAAAAUGAGACAUUUCCAUGUGUCAAGCAAGCAAUGCCCAGGCUUGAGUUCAGAUGUACUUACAAUGUGUGGUGCGUUAAUUAUAUAUAUAUAUAUAUUUCCUAGAGGUUACAUUUAUCCAUCUCUGGCCUUUCCCUACCUCUUACUGGAUGAUACAGAGGCCCAUUCCCUGAAUGAACACUGAAACCACCAUUGUGCACCAUGUGCUUUCUUUCCCAGACUAUCCACUCUACAUCAUUGUCUUAUUAACUCAAUGGAAUGUAUUAUUUGACACAUUUUCAAAGGGAGAUCCCUUUCAUAAAAUGUUGGAAGAAAUUGAGUGUGAGUGCCAAGGACAUGUUUCUUUGCAUGAUAGAUAACAAAACAACCAGUGCCACCUUGGUCCAUGAUUGUUUUUUAAUUAUUAAUAGACAGUUAUACAGUUCCUAUGUAACAUUCUCCAAUUUAAUGAGGAUUUAUUAUGUCCCAAUAGGCAACAUGUGAACAAACCUGCAUCUGAACCCCCAUACAACCAUUGUAUGUUAAUGAUGUUGGCUAUUUUUCACAAAUUGGUGUUGUCAAAUAUGGCUACGUAAUGACUUCCAACAAUGGCACUUAACACCUGAUGGUGAGGGCCAGUUCUUCUGAAAUGAAACCUAAGACACUUUUUCUUACAGAGAAGUUAAGUUUGGAAAGAAAGUAAUUGACAUUGCCAAAAUCAUUAAGUAACAGUAGUUGUAAUAUGCCAAAGGCCACAACCUGAUAGCAUUAAAAAGGACAGAUUUUAAGCUACCUUUAAAUAAUUAAGAAACUUCAUACAACAGCCGAGUUGACCAUAAUAUCUGUGAACUUAAACUUUAAACAGGCAUAGGUGGUUACAAUCUAUUCCUAGGUAGUGCUGGACUGUACAUGUUGAGACAAACCACAAAAGUUCAGUUUAAGUGUGGUUAGUGCCUUUCGUUCAUGUUAAAACAAAUUUCAAAUGCAUCACAUCAAAAUCAUUUGCAAAGGCAUGCAGUGUGUUGACCUAAUGACCUCGCAGUUCAAGAGGGAGUACGAAAGUUCAACUAUUAAGAAUAUUUACCUCAGUAAUGGAGUGGUUACAUUGAGCCUAAAACAAAGAGCAGUCCUUCAUCUUUAAGAGGUCAUAUUUUAUGAGCAAAUAAAGUAACCAUCAGUUACUUUGUAAGGAAAAAUGGGGAAGGCCAAAUAUUCUUCAAAGGUUUGAAACAAACAGAAUAAGUACAGGUUCUAAAAUAAAAAGGUCUUACAAAGUGGGCCUUAAGUAUGCUAACUGUACUGAAAAACAAGAGAAAAAGAA